AAAACCAUUUGCAAGUCAAUGCAAGUUAAGUCGGCUGCAUUCUAUUGCUGUCCGAGCCCGAUCUCCCUUUAUUCAAUUACUGGAACUAGGCUUGAUAUGCGCACUGAUCCAGCGUUGGUGGAAUUCGGUUGUAUAUCGCUCUAGAAUCCUCACAUCACGAUGGCGAAUUUACCGUCUCAUGCCUCUCCAAAUUUUGGCGCGCAGUCAGCCUCGAUCGCACCGCCAGUCGACGACAUAUCACUCACAUCAGAACAGCAAACAUCGUCUACGAGUGUUCAACCGAAUGAAUUCACGUUGGGAAACCUUCCCGAAGUCGGUGCCAUGGGUAGCACGCCCGGCGAUUUGACACCUGGUGUGCCUGCUUCGCUUCUUUCUCCUUCAUUCACACCCCCAGCCACACCGGGCGGCACAUUGAACACAGAACGGUUACUUCAACAAAUCUCGCCACAACCUGUCUCCCAUGCAAAACCUCCAAAGCUCCUCCCUCGCCUCCCCAACGUGGAGUGCAUUGUCCGCGCCCGCAUUCCCACAACGACCGGCGCUGAGAUGUUUCUACACCUGUACCAUAAUGACAUAGACAACAAAGAACAUCUUGCUAUUGUGUUUGGGAACACCAUUCGGAGCCGAAGUCUUGACAGGGUGAAACCAGGAGAAACGGAAAUGGAUCGAAUGAUUCGUGGAGCUUAUAUUGGCAAACUGCAUCCUGGACGCGUGAGCAGUUGGCAUGAUUCGACUCAGGGGAGUGCUACAGAUAGGUCAAUUGAAGGAUCUGAGGGGGGUGCUGUGCACAAUACAGAAUCUAUGCAGGAACGACUGAACGAAGCCCCACUAGUACGGAUCCAUUCCGAGUGCUAUACGGGGGAGACAGCUUGGUCGGCUCGGUGUGAUUGUGGAGAGCAGCUCGACGAGGCAGCUAGGCUAAUGUCGCUGCCCAUGGAAACACUGAACGAGAUAGCUUCCCAGCAGUCUCGAUCUGUGCCGUCAAAUGUAUCUGGUGGUGUCAUUAUCUACCUUCGUCAAGAAGGCCGAGGUAUAGGUUUGGGGGAGAAACUGAAAGCGUACAACCUUCAAGAUUUGGGCUCUGAUACUGUUGAAGCCAACCUUUUGCUGCGACAUCCCGCCGAUGCUCGAAGCUAUGGACUCGCUACAGCGAUGCUUGUUGAUCUGGGUUUGGGCAAAGAUGCGAAUCCGCACGGGAUUCGCCUACUUACAAACAAUCCCGAUAAAGUUAGAGCAAUUGAAGGACCUGGGCGUGAGGUAAUUGUUAAGGAUCGUGUUCCGAUGGUGCCUUUGGCGUGGCAGACUGGCGAUUUCUAA